AUGGAUACUGCACUAGAUAACACCACUGCUGCUGUUGCGGGUGUGGAGGCACGUGUACAGGUGCAAGCAUUAGGGCUCAUAGACUACAACACCACAAUCCUUCUCACAAAGGUCUUGUAUGGCAUCUGCAUCCCUAUAGCUUUCAGCGGAAUCGUGAUGAACACUGUCAACACUUUAGUAUUUGCCCGCAUUGGAAUGAGAGACAGUGUGAACGUAUCGUUUUUCGCCUUGUCCAUCUCCGACUUGGUCUAUUUGUCUUUUACUUUGUCAUAUCUCAUCCCUAGCACACUGACAAUAAUUUCGGGCCGGCCAAUCAAGUGGCUCCAGAGCCCUUACACGCUCAACUCCUACAUCGUCUGGUAUGCCGUUUUGUUCUACGACCUUUCCAUCUUGAUCACAACCUACAUAGCCGUAGCCAGAUGUUGCUGCGUCACCCUGGCUCUCCAGUUCAGGAGUUUCUUCACUCUGUCUAGGACUUACACAGUCCUGGGCGUUCUUUCCGUCGUAUGCCUGGCUCUCCACAUCCCACUGAUCGCCUCACAGAAUCUGCAAUGGAAGACGGACAAGAAAACAAACACGACAAAGCUGACUCUAGUGCGCUCCGGUGCAUAUCCAGACGUCCAGUACUUCCAUGACAUCACAAACAGAAAUGUUGUUCCCUACACAUGUUUAGCCAUCAAUAUCACCUGUCUCGCAGCUCUCACCUUUACUCUCAAAUCAGCAACUCAGACCCGGAACAUGAUGGCUUCGAGCGCUCCCACGGAUGACAACAGCGGAAAAAAACAGUCGAAGCUCAGCACCAAGGACAUCCAAGUGGUCAAAGCUGUUUCUCUUGUGGCCGCCAUGUUUGUAUUUUGCUCCCUUCUCACCACCAUAAAGGCUUUGGUCCGUCGUGCGAUCCCAGAGUACGACAGUCGUGGUCAGUAUAGAAACCUGUUUCAGCUUACUACGGGUGUGAUGACGAUAUUCACCUACCUGAACGCCUCCGUCAAUAUAACAGUCUACUAUCACUUUAACACCAAGUACAGACAAUCCCUGAUAGAGAUUUUCUGCAAGGGAAAGAAACCUUGA